AUGAGACACCCAAUCACAGCGCAGCAGGUAAAGGAGCUUGCCGCUCAGCUAGAUGCUUCUACUCGACUGCUCACCGCCGCAGAUGGCGAUGAUUAUGAAAAGAUAAUUUCGCGUUGGGCAGAUAACGCGGUGAAACGUGCUGGUGCUGUCGCCGUUCCAGUGUCAUAUGAAGAAGUAUCCAAGCUGGUCAAGUUCGCAUCCAAUAAUAAGCUUGAUCUUGCUGUGAGGGGUGGUGGCCAUUCUACAGGAGGAACUAGCUCUACCGAAGGCGGGUUGACCAUUGAUCUCUCAGGGAUGCGUGCCGUGAAGGUUGACAAAGACUCAAAAUUGAUCGUUGCUCAAGGCGGUGCCCUCUGGGAAGACGUCGACAAUGCCGCUUUCGAAAAAGGCCUGGCAACCGUAGGUGGGACUGUGAAUCAUACAGGCAUCGGCGGCUUAACGCUUGGCGGCGGCCUGGGCUGGCUCUCGGGCUUAUACGGCACUGUUGUUGACAAUCUCGUUGCAGCCAAGAUUGUCGUUGCUGAUGGACGCGUCCUUUCGGUUUCAGAAAAUGAGAAUACUGAUCUAUUCUGGGCAAUACGCGGUGCGGGCCACAACUUUGGCGUUGCAGUUGAAUUCACCUUUCGAGCAUACGACCAAACAAACGACGUAUAUGCUGGUGGCUUGGUGUUUACCCCUGAUAAACUGACUCUUCUCGUGGACGGAUUUAAUACCAGGAUGAAAACUCCAAACCCCCAGGCUACGGGCAUGUUUCUCUUUGCAAAGCCUCCCAGCAUGCCUGUUGCUGUGGUUGUCGCCAAUGUAUUCUACAACGGUGAUGAAGCUGCAGCACGGGAAUAUUUCAAAUUCUUAUUCGACUUGGAGCCUGUUGCCGUCACCGCGAAGAUGAUGCCCUAUAACCAUCUCAAUGCGCUAUUGAAUCCUCUAACCACGCAUGGCCGCCGCAAAGCCUUGAAAGCAGUCACGGUUACACACCACAUAGAUGCCGCGUUUGUGCAGGAACUUUACAACGACUAUGCGCAGCAGGUGGAGAAAAAUCCCGACAUGUCCGCUUCCAUCUUGGGUAUAGAGAUCCAUGACACUUCCAAAAUCCAAAGCGUACCUUUGGAGGCGACGGCAUUUUCCAAUCGGGGGUCAUAUAGGCCCGGUAUUGUCGGUUUGGAGUGGACUGACCCUACGAUGGAUGAGGAGAACAGAGCCUGGGGUCGAAUGAUUCAGGCCAAGUGUCGACAAGCCGUUAUCGACAGCAAGGAAUUUACUGAAGAUACUAAAACCUCAUUGGAAUAUGCCAACUAUGUCGAACCUGGCGAUCUUAUAACUGAUACGCCCUUCGGUGGCAAUCAGCAACGACUGGGCAUGUUGAAACAUAAAUACGACCCCGAUUUCAUGUUUAACAAAACAAAUCCCAUUACACCACUACGUACCGAGCUCAACUAA